CUCUUUGACUGCAACAUCUAAGCUGUCCCGGCAACCCAACCAAUUGGGGCAUAACCGUGGCGACGAAUAAAAAUCAAGCCAGGCUGUAGGCUGUACGGCGGAAAAGAUGCUAGAGCCUGUUGGCUCGCUGCUGUGGCGGUCACUGCGGGUGUACCAGGUCUACGGAGCUAACACCGAUGUCGGCAAGACCGUCUUCACCACUAUUCUGUGUAAAGCCGCCAACAGAAUCUGGCGACACGGGGAGACAUCAUUUCUCAAGCCCAUUUCGACGGGACCUCAAGAUGAAGCUGAUGAUCGCCAUAUCCAAACCUUCGCUCCUGGUGUGAAUCACGAGACGCUGGUCCAGUACGAGCUCGCUGCAAGUCCGCAUAUUGCGGCACUUCGCUCGAAUAAACCGAUCCCGUCAGACGAGACCCUUCUAGCAAAAAUUCAUCGUGCUGCUUCCCACCGUGCCGCCCGCGGGCCGGGAUGGCUGUUCGUCGAGACAGCUGGCGGUGUUCAUUCUCCAGGGCCAUCUGGGACGACGCAGGCAGAUCUGUAUAUGCCGCUUCGACUCCCCGUCGUACUCAUUGGCGACGCUAAAUUGGGCGGCAUCUCGCAGACUAUCUCUGCGUUUGAAUCUCUGAAGAUUCGUGGCUAUGAUGUCGAGGCAGUCCUGCUCUUCCGAGACCAACUUUACAAAAAUCAUCUCUACUUGGCCGACUAUUUCCGUGGGCAGCAUAACAUUCCAGUCAGGUCAAUGUCGGAACCACCGAAGCGUGACGAGAACCCCAGGACGGACCAAGAGAGUAUGUCCCAAUACUACGAUGCGACAAGUCGUGACAACACCGCGAGCGAAAUCCUCGAGCGUCUGGAUCGCCGCCACCACGAACGCAUCGCCCGCCUCGAAUCCAUGAGCCGCGAGGCGGUCAACAAGAUCUGGUACCCAUUCACGCAGCAGAAGCACCUCUCUCCAGACCGCAUCACCGUCAUCGACUCUGCGCGCGGCGACCACUUCCAGACCCUCGCGCCUCCUCCUCCUCCUCCUCCCCGGCAAGCGUCCAGCCCGCAACACCCCCCUCUUCUACAGCCCUCCUUCGACGGCUCCGCCUCGUGGUGGACGCAGGGCCUCGGCCACGGCAACCCGUCGCUGGCCCUGGCGGCCGCCUACGCGGCCGGCCGCUACGGCCACGUCAUGUUCGCCGAGGCGGUGCACGAGCCGGCGCUCGCGCUGGCUGAGGCGCUGCUGCGGGGCGCGCGGAGCGGGAGGCUCGCGCGGGCCUUCUUCUCCGACAACGGCAGCACCGGAGCCGAGGUGGCGCUCAAGAUGGGCCUGCGCGCGGCGAGGGUGCGGUAUGGGUGGGCCGCAGGGGAGAGGAUCGGCGUGCUGGGUCUGAGGGGUGGGUAUCAUGGCGAUACGAUCGGGGCUAUGGAUUGUGCGGAGCCGGGGACGUUUAAUGAGAAGGUCGAGUGGUAUGAGGGGAAGGGGUUUUGGUUCGACUACCCGACUGUUAGGUGUGCUGGUGGGAGGUGGGCUGUUUGUGUUCCUGAUGAGCUGAAGGGGCAGCUGGGUGAUGGACGGGACCAUGCCUCGCUUUCUGACGUGUUUGAUGUCGAGGGCAGGGAGCGAAGAGGUGAGGGUACAGAGUACGAGCGGUACAUUGUCAACAGGCUCGAACGCCUCCAAGCCGAGGGGCAGAAGUUCGGAUCCCUCAUUGUGGAACCUGUCGUCCUCGGUGCUGGGGGUAUGGUACUUGUAGACCCUCUCUUCCAGCGCACCCUCGUCAACGUCGUCCGCCGUUCACCACACCUAUUCGGCUCCACAGUCGCCAACGAGCCGGUCCACGAAUCCGACUGGACGGGGCUCCCCAUCAUCUUCGACGAGGUCUUCACCGGCAUCUUCCGCCUGGGCCGCUUCACGGCUUCGUCGUUCCUCGGCGUCGACCCGGACAUCUCCGUGCACGCCAAGCUGCUGACGGGCGGCCUGGUGCCCCUGUGCGCCACGCUCGCGUCCGAGAGCAUCUUCCGCGCCUUCGAGAGCGACGACAAGAGUGAUGCACUGCUGCACGGUCAUAGCUAUACGGCGCACGCUGUUGGGUGUCAGGUCGCGCUGCAGAGCCUGAGGGAGAUGAAGAGGAUGGAUGAGGGGGGGGAUUGGGGCUGGGCGAAGAGGGGUUGGCAGGGUGCGUCUAGUUCUGGUCAGCGGCGGGAUGAGAUGAAGUCCGUCGUCUGCUCGGAUGGGAUUGCCGACGAAGCGUCAUUGGUAUGGUCGGUUUGGAGUCCAGAGUUUGUGGAGUGGAUAUCGCGUCAGACUGCGCUUGUGGAUGGGGUGUGGGCACUGGGCAGCGUCCUUGCCAUUGAGAUGAAGAGCCCCGACGGGGGUGGAUACAAGAGCAACGCAGCCAGGGACUUGCAGGCUGCCCUUUUACGGGGUGAUGGGACGGAGAGCAGUCGAAGGUGGAAUGUGCAUAGCAGGGUGCUGGGUAAUGUGCUUUACACAAUGGCCAGCCAGAAGACGACGGAGGAUGGUGUCAAGCGGAUAGAGGGCCUGCUGAAGAAGGCUUUCGCAGAAAGCGCGCAUGUUGUUUAGGCAGGCACUGUGGCCAGGGGGAAGAACAAACUAUACAGCACAUGCGGAAUCACUUCAUCUUUGGUCUGCAAACUUGACUAGGAGGGUGGAGAGUGCCGAGACUGCAGGCCAACGAGACUGCAGGCCAAAUAGAAACUAGAAUUCUCUGUAUCAUCCUGUCAACUGCUUCCUCU